AAAUAUGCGGAUCAAAUUGACCUGUGAACAUCACGAACAUACUUUUGUGUGAAUAUGUAAAAACACAUCAGUGUGUUGAAACUUUGCAUGCAUGUUCAUGACUCUAAAUGUGAAAAAGUCACAAAAUUUCAAGAAAAAAAAAAAAACGGUACUUGAGGGUUAACAUGUAUUUUUUCCUGUACACCACAUUUGUCACUACUUGAAUAUUAAUACUGUAAUAUUUGGUUUAAAUGAAAUUCUGUAUCCAAACGUUACAUUUUUGUCAUACAGACAGAACCUCUCUAUUUAACUAUUAAUAUUUUUUUAAUAUUAUAUAUAAAUUUGUACAUUUCUAUGCACGUUUGUGAGCAGGGCUUUUAUUUUGGUCAAAAUAUGUUAUGUCAUAAGGCUGCGACGCGCUCCUGCAUCUGUUAUGAUUCGGCUGAAGAAAGUGUCCAGACACAGGAAGACUCUUGAUGAAGUGACUGAGAUCCACAUAACACACUAUUAUAAAGAUGGCAUUUAUUAAAGAGAACAGUGAAGACAUAAAGAUGGUGUUUAUUAAAGAGGAGAGUGAAGACAUAAAGAUGGUGUUUAUUAAAGAGGAGAGUGAAGACAUAAAGAUUGAAGAAACCUUCAGAGUGAAACAAGAAGAAACUGAAGAACAAACAGACCUGAUGGCACUGAAAGAAGAGAGUCAAGAACUGAAUGAAGUGGAAGCGAAAGAUUGUGAUUUCAUGACAGGAGAAAAAUCCACACAGACUAAAAAAAAUUACUCUCAAAAAAGAACUCAGAAAACCAUAUCUGACAGUUGUUUUACCUGCCAACAGUGUGGACAGAGUUUUGCUCAUAAACAAAACCUUAAAGUCCACAUGAGGAUUCACACUGGAGAGAACCCUUAUAUCUGCCAAGAGUGUGGACAAAGUUUCACUCAAAAACAAAACCUUAAAGUCCACAUGAGGAUUCACACUGGAGAGAAGCCUUUCACCUGCCAACAGUGUGGACACAGUUUUGCACGUAAAGGAAACCUUAAUAUCCACAUGAGAGUUCACACUGGAGAGAAGCCUUUCACCUGCAAACAGUGUGAACAGAGUUUUGCACGUAAAGCAAACCUUAUUAUCCAUGUGAGAAUUCACACUGAAGAGAAGCCUUAUACCUGCAAACAGUGUGGAAAGAGUUUUUCACAUAAAGGAAACCUCAAUCAGCACAUGAAGAUUCACUCGAAACAAAAACUUUUCGUGUGUCAUCAUUGUGGAAGGAGUUGCAUAAGCGGGAAUCACCUUAAGAAUCAUGUAAUGACUCACACUGGAGAGAAGCCAUUCGCCUGCUAUCAGUGUGGAAAGAGUUUCAAUCAUAAAGGAAACCUUUAUGUCCACAUGAGAAAUCACACUGGAGAGAAACCUUACACAUGUACUCUGUGUGAGAAGAGUUUCACGUAUCGAAGAGACCUGAAACGUCAUUUGCAAACUCAUUCUGGAAUGCAACUGUAGUGUUCUGUAUGUAGUAAAAGAUUUAUGAAAU